UUUAAUAUAAGACCAUAGGUAGUCUGUGAUUUUGGAUGGUCUUGUGGUUGUCCUGUCCCAUCUGGUAUCUUUGUUACUGCUCUUUCCCCUUCUGCCAUCUUCUUUCUUCCACACAUUUGUGCCUUUAGCUUCUUUGGUCAUGAAGAUUUACUAAGAAUGAUUGAAAAUGCACAAAUUUCUGAAGUUGUCUCUUUUUGGCAGCUUGAAUUUACGGGUUUGAAUCUUACAGAAUACCAUGUUUUAAAACAGCCCUAUAGCUUUCUGUCUUUUUGUGCUUUCUGCCCUCUAAGCACCACCACAAACAGACAAUAUAGUUAGUAUUUAAAGAUUGCUUGUCUGAUACAGAAUAAACUAUACAUCUUAGCAUCUGAAAAUUAUUCAUGCAGGAGGUUUCCUGUUUACUGAGAACUGGUGGGGUCUGGAGAGGGUUCCACAUCCUUCACCAGGGAUGAUGAUCACAGCAAUGAUAGAGGGAAUGAGAAAGCCUGAGGAGUUCUGGGACAAGUUCAAGACUCAAGACUUUUUAUUUUCCUCUGUUUUUCUACAUAGUGAUGAAGCAACCAUUAUCUCAGGGACAAAGCUUGCUAAACAAGUUUUGAAAGAAGUUCAAAGGGAUGUAGAAUCAUGGAUAUCCUUUGGAAACAAGAGACCUCAUCUCACUGUCAUAUUAGUAGGAGACAAUCCAGCUAGUCAUAUCUAUGUCAGAAACAAGAUAAAAGCAGCUGCAGCUGUAGGCAUUUCUAGUGAGAUCAUACUGAGGCCUAAAGACAUUUCUCAGGAAGAACUCUUAGAUAUGACGGUAAAACUCAACAAGGAUUCUACAGUUAGUGGUUUAUUAGUUCAGCUACCUCUCCCAGAUCACAUAGAUGAACGAACAGUUUGUAAUGCUAUUGCUCCCGAGAAGGAUGUGGAUGGAUUUCAUAUUAUGAAUAUUGGACGUCUGUGUCUUGAUCAGCCUUCUAUAAUACCUGCCACUGCUGCUGCUGUGUGGGAAAUUAUCAAAAGGACAGGAAUCCAAACAUUUGGGAAAAAUGUUGUUGUAGCUGGAAGAUCGAAGAAUGUUGGCAUGCCUAUUUCAAUGCUUUUACAUACUGAUGGAGAGCAUGAAAGGCCUGGAGGUGAUGCUACAGUGACCAUUACUCACAGAUACACACCAAAAGAGCAGCUCAAGAUCCAUACACAACUUGCUGACAUUGUAAUAGUAGCUGCAGGUAUCCCAAAGUUGAUUACAACUGAUAUGGUCAAAGAAGGUGCAGCUGUGAUUGACGUGGGCAUCAACCAUAUCUGUGAUCCUCUUACAGGAAAGACUAAAUUAGUUGGGGAUGUGGACUUUGAAGAAGUGAAGAAGAAGGCUGGCUUUAUCACUCCAGUGCCAGGAGGGGUAGGACCUAUGACUGUUGCAAUGCUUCUGAAGAACACACUCAUAGUUGCUAAAAAGCUCAUUUACUAGAGCAAGCAAGCUGCCUUGGAAGAAGAAUCCACGUUGUUCUAUUUAUUGAUACACAAAACAUUUAUUUUUUACUACAGAAAUAUUUAUUUCUACAUUGUAUUUAUUUUUUCAUGUAAAAUAUGCUAAACUUGACUGUUUACAAAAUGUUAAAAUAUUUUGUGUUAUCUCCUACGGACUUAUUGUGAGCAAAAAUGAUUUGGAGAAUGCAGCCUGUGCAGAUAGGUUGCUGGUCGUCAAUUAAGUGUGUGUCAAUGAAGAAUGAAGCAUGAAUUACGAGUAUACCUGUGUGUCUGGGGAUGGGGUGCAAUUGCCAAGGUCUUUCAAGCACUUGAGACCCUCACUUUUGAUCAAACAGUAUAAAACUAAGUUUCAACAUGGAAGGUAUCUUCAGAGAUGUAUAUGGUUCAGAUUCUGAAGUUGUGAAACACUCUGUAGUUUGAAGUCUUGAAUGAUUUUUUAAAAACAGUUAGAGAUAGCAGCAACAAUCUUGACUCUGAAAGGAGUGAAAGACUGACAUUUCUGUUUUGGCUGCCAGAGACUAAUGUUGCCAUGAAUGCAAAUGUUCAGUACACGUUUUAAAAUAGUCAAGUAAGCUUGAAUGAUGCUGAAAUUCUGACCUUAAACAUAUGCAAGAAGUAUGCAUGAGUUAAGUAGCUAGAAGGGAGGCCAGAAUUCUUUUCUUUCAAAGUCUGGAUUUGUUUAACACAAUGUUUUGGUGCAUAAUACCCUCAUCCACAUGAAGAGAUGACUUUAAGUAGGUAGAAUGUAGUUGAAACUACUGUAUGUGUACAUUAUG